CUGUGAAAGUAGUAAACGGUAGAACUUGGCCCCAUGUUGGCCCUUGCCUGAAGAUGCUGGAAAUGCAGCUAGUGCUCAGGGUCCCAUUAAGAGACCAAGCGGGGUGGUCGUGUCUGAUGUACGCAUUGUCAGUGGUGAGGGAUCCGUAACAAGGACAAUCAGGCUCAAGGUGCCCGUGCUGUUGCCGGAGCCAGUAUGUGCAGCUGGAGGAAGCCACAUGCUUUUCCAUGACUUCUGGCUCCCAGCUGUGAGUUGCUGAGAUAGUUUGAUCCCAGAGCCUGCUGGAGAGUUAAGGGUGACAGCUUCUCUUGGUGCUGGCUGGGCGACCUAUCCAGCUUCUUUCUCACUGCAGGAAGUACAACCCCCAGUGAAAGUUAAGUGUUGUAUGCACACACCAGGGCAACUUGCCUACACUCUGUGCUCUGUACACACAGCAUAGGAUGGACGAUAGCCACGCCUCCUUAGUCCAUUCCCUGUGAAGAGACAGGAGUAGAGUUUGCACCCAUCCCAUUGGGCUUGAUAGCCAUUACCUGCAUUGCCACAACAGCAACCUCACCACAUAACCAAGGGCAGAAGCUAGGUGCUGAGGUAGAGUCUGUUCCUUCAUAUUUACCCAUGACAAACUAACAUCUCAGCAAGUAGCCUCAGACAACAAGGCUGGAGCAACAGCUGCACCAGCAUCAUGAGCAACACAGCUUGGAGCAUCCAGACAGAACCCUCAGGAACCUGUGUUACAAAUCCAUUGGCGAGCUUCCUGUAAGUUAGGCAGAAGGUCCAUAUUCAGGUGUAGCAGGGCUUGGAGCCUCACCCAGUUCUGCUGCAGUGGGAUGGAUGUGAAUAGGCUGAGUGGUCAAGGUAAAACUGGAAAUAAAGGCUGUGAUCGUGUAAAACCCUGGGGAGGAGUUUUGACACUUUCUCAGGGUGCCCAGAACCAAGUCUCCUAUUACCCCCCUGCCUCAGCAAGAGACACAUGUGCUGGUGCUAAUUUGGGUAUCAGCCCCCACCAAUCCUGUCUGUUAGCCACUCAACCAUUGUUCUCAGGCUGCUUCUAGCAUAGCCCUACUUUGCCCUGCAGGUUAACACUGUGUACCCCAGUCCCUGCCUCCUAACAAACAAUCCCCUAUGGUUCCCAGCCCCUAUCUCUGGAUGCUCAGGGUAUUGACCCAAUCAGCUGUCCCCAGGGGGGGGAUACACACACAGGCUUGUUCCAUUCAGCUGACUCCCAGCACCACUGUAACUUAGUGAAAACAAAUUAAGUUUAACAACAGUUAAGAUGUAUGACGUAGUGAGCAAGAACAACAACAGGUACAAUGUGCUUCUAGUCUAAACAGGCUAAGCCCUUGUCUAAAGGAAUGAUCUUACCCAACUGUCGUUUGCAGUGCUUUCAACCAAACCCUGCUUGAGAUCCCAUUUUCAUUAAUGUUUCAUUGAUUUCAUUUUCAACACUGCCCAGUUACUCCCUGGGUGCAGGCCAAAACAAGGCUCCUUGUGCCUUCCUCUGAUACCCCAAGUUUAUAGUCUUUGCAGCCCUGAAACAAUUUAGUCUCUGUUGUCUUCUCAUGUUGACCUGAAGUGCAGAUUCAGCUACCAUUGUGUUCUUAUGACUUACAGUGCUUCAUUUAAGCAGGGGCAAGUGAAUAGACAUGGUUGGUCUGGCAGAAACACCUGUUUGUCAACUGGGCCUGGUUACAUAGUUUAAAACCUAUUUAGUGGCUACACAACUCCUUACACGCCAUCCAUACGUACAUCUUGCAAUGCCUAUGAUGACCAGUGUGUCACCAUCUUUCAUUUGAUACCUUACAAAACACAAUGGAUAAAUACCAGGAACUAGUGUGUUAGGUAUAGCGAGUUUGUCAGGCCUGAUAGGAAUUGCUCUUAUAGAACAGUUGACCCUUUACCAGCUUGCAGUGAGGGGUUCUGGGGGUCACAGGAGUUCCUAAUGCUCUUGUUCUUUAGAAAUGGCCUCUAGUCACUGACCGGCAGCAGAGUAAACCCUCAGGAGGUCACCUUGCUCAGCAUCUUCACUAAACUGUGUCCUUUUUCUGUGAGCUCGCUGCUUCGAGGUGUCACUUCCUCUAAAGGAGGCCUGCAAGCCAGCACUACAAGCACACCUAAUCUGUGGUGCAGGGAUAGCUGGAUAAGGCUUCCUAUAGCUGGAGAAUAUGCCCCCCCGCAUUUCUGUAGGAAGUGGGUAGAAUCCAAUUAAAGGUCUGUUGUGCUGCAGUUUGCCUCAGUGACUUCAGAUGAAGCUUGUUAAUGAAAUUGCCUCUAAUGAACUCUGCUAACAAGUCUGGCAUAAAACCCAAUCAGAUGUGUGGUGCUCACAGCUCUGUUGCUUCCAAUGGGGAGAAGGAAGCCAAUAAAUACCAGAUUGAAGAGUGAACUGACUUAAGAUACGUUGAAAUCUCAGCCAGAGGCUCUGGGUGCCAUGGCAGUAUUUUAAAUCCUAAUGCGCAUUAGAUGGAAUGGGCCUGAUGCCUGCUGGGAAGGCACAGACUGGAGAGGAGUAUAAUGAAUCUUUUUGUAAUAACGUCAAUGUAUAUUGGCUUCCAACUGCUCUUUCCUUGCUCACAGCACAAUGUAGGGGGAGCGUUCACAGGGUCUCCCUCCCAUUAAGUGCUGCUUAAAAAUACAAACAAGCAGCACAAAGGUGCUUUGUCAGACAAACAGCUCAAGGAAACCCACUGAAAAUCAACACAUAGAACAAACCAGGUCUCCAUGGGGCAGAAAGGUUACGUUAAUGCCAGCCAGGACCUGGAAAAUCUGAGCAAGCCAGUGCUACAGCCCGCUCAGUAGGACCAGCUGGGUGCAAGCAAACAAUGUGUUUUACUGUAGCUGAAUGUAAAUCUCUACAUUUACAAAGACCAUAGGUUGUACUUACACAAUAGGGGACUUUUCUCUGGGAAGCAGUGACUCCAAAAAAGAUUUGGGGGUAGUGGUGAUUAAUCAGAUGAACAUGAGCUCCCAGUGUAACGCUGUGGCCAAAAGGGCUAAAACGAUCCUGCACACAUACUAGAAUCUCGAGUAGGGAAAGGGUUUUACCCUGUAUUUGGUACUGGUGCAACUGCUGCUGGAAACGUGUCCAGCUCUGGUGCCCCCAAGUCAAGAAAUAUGUUGAUAAAUGGGACAGGGUUCAGUGAAGAGCCACGUAAAUGGUUAAAGGACUAGAAAACUUGCCUUUUAGAGACUCAGCUUCUUGAGUCUAUCCAUUUAGCUUAACAAAAGGAAGGUUAAGGGUGACUGAAUCACAGUCUAAAGACCUACAUGGGGAACAGAAAUGCAAUAAUAGAUGACUCUUCCAUCUAGCAGAGAAAGAUCUAACACCAUCCAGUGGCUGAAAGUUGAAGCUAGAUAAAUUCAGACUGGAAAUCAGGUGUACAUUUUUAGAGGUGAGCCAUUGGAACAAUUUACCAUUGGCCAUGGUGGACUCUCCCUCACUGACCACUUUUACAUCACAAUUGGAUGGUUUCCUAAAAGCUCUGCUCUAGGAGUUGCUUUGGGGAACAUAGCACCAUGACUGCUGACUGCCUCCUGAGCACCCCUCGUGGGCAGGGUGCCACAGCCCUGCCCUGCCUCUCUUCCCCCCACCCACCCCCUCUUCCUGGCCCUUUGAGAAAUUACAGGUCAAAGGUGGUUCUAACCCCACAAGGGCGCCCAUUUAUUGAGUCCACGGGUACAUACGGGCUUGCUAGACCUCCAGUCCAGUUCAGUGUCUCUCUGCUAAUGAUGCCAACAUAAUGCAAAACAUAAACUCACCCAGUCUGCAGCCCAGCUGGCUUUACAGGCGCGCUCUCAGGUCUCCCUGCCUGGAGAGCUUUCCCCACUCUUUCCUGAAUCUUCAGCUUCUCCUCUGCUGGCUGGGGCCCUACCAGGUGUCUUCUAGCUCCCUACAGCAUCCCCAGGUCUAGCUGCAGUCUCCUGAGCUUGCCCUUUUACUGCAACUUCUUACUCUGUUUAUUCUGGGAUUAGUUGAUUCAAUCCAGGUGUGGCCCGUCCUGUAAUCAGAGCUGUUUUAGGCUCUCCAUUGCAUGGGGCAAACCCCCCCGUUACAGGGACAUGCCAUGGCCUGUGUUACACAGGAGGUCAGGCACUUGAUCACACGGGUCCUGUCUGGCCUUGGAAUCUGCCGCAGGUGUGCUCUAGAUAGGGGCAAUACAGAGGCUCUAAUCUAUCUGGAUGUCAGUAAAAUAUUUGUUACGUUGCCAGAUGGACAUUAUUAGUAAAGCUAGAGAAUAUAAGGAUUAGUACACAAAUGAGGGGGGAGGGAUAGCUCAGUGGUUUGAGCAUUGGCCUGCUAAACCCAGGAUUGUGAGUUCAAUCCUUGAGGGGGCCAUUUAGGGAUCUGGGGCAAAUAAUGGGGAGUGGUCCUGCUUUGAGCAGGGGUUGGACUAGAUGACCUCCUGAGGUCCCUUCCAACCCUGAUAUUCUAUGAUUCUAUGAGGUGGGUACGGCACUGGCUAAAAGGGAGACAAGUUGUGAUGAAAGAGGAACCAUUAGGCUAGAGCGAAGUCACCAGGAGAGUUCCUCAAGGAGCGGUUGUGAUGGUAUCCCCAGGAUAUAACCUGGAACUGGGGUACUGCUGGGCCCCUUAACUCUCCAACCUGGGCUGUCUCUCACAAUGCAUUGCUAGCGACAAGCAGCAAACCCCUCCAGGUGCUGUGAUCACUCAGCACAACCACAUGGGGAGCCCCACACCCAGCUAGAUUGCAUGAAUGCUCCCAGAGCCGCUCAUGAAUCACCCAGAGAAAGAUACGAGCAAAUCUCCCAAGCCCCCAGCCUUGCACCCCCAAAGUAUACCGUCUUGCCCUGGUCAGAAGCCUGACCCCAGUAUAAGUUUAUUAUCCAGUCCACCCCUCCCACGAUGUCGAGAGGACACACACCAGCCUUUGUAAACUGAGGUGAGAUUACCCAAGCACUUCAACCCAAAUACACUGUUUUAGGUAAAACAGAUUUAUUAACUACAGAAAGAUAGAUUAUAAGUGGUAGGCACAAAAGGUUAGAGAUAGUUACCAAAGAAAAUAAAAGGUAAAUGUACAGUCUAAAUCUUAAACCUUAUUAGACUAGGCAGUAUUUGGAUCAAGCAGUUUUUCUCAUUUCACUGGAUGUUGCAGGUAGGUUAUAGUUCUUAAUACACAGGCUUCCCCUUUAAGCCUGGGACCAGUCUCCUCAGUUCAAGUCUUUGUCAUCCCAGCAUUGUUGUUGCUUCCAGUGUCAGUGGUGGAAGAGAAAGGCCAAAGCAUGAUGCCACUGUCCCCUAUUUUAUAUCCUCGGUCCACGUGCCUAGAAAACAGAAGCCCAAACAUGUCCUGGUGGGCUUUGUUGAGUCAAAGGGUUGAGCAAUCCCCCACUGUGUGAUGCUUCUCUUACAGAAUUGUAAAUCCCUUAUUUACAACUCCCCUGCUGAUUAAUGGUCUUUUAACACCCUCCUAGGAGUUUAUUGUUACUGAAGAACUGGCAGUAGACAACUCUCAAACUUACAACAUAUUUCAGUAACAACCAUAGAGUAAAAUCUCAUAACUUCAUACACACUAACGAUAUACAUAUUUUGACAGAACAACGGGUUUCAGUAGAUCAUGACCUUUCAUAUGAUAUCUUCCAUGGCAUGCUUUGUAUGAAAUAUACCAUAAUUCUAUUACAGGGGUGAAUAUUGGGGUUCCAGGAUGUUUCUUUGAGGUACUGUGUGUCCCAGUGGUCUUGGGACCAAUCUUAUUUAAUAUUUUCAUUAAUGACUGGCACAAGAAGCAGGAGUGUGCUAAUGAAAUUUGCUGAUGAGAGAAAGUUGAGAGGCCGAUUAGAAUAUCCUACUGAAAGAACCGGUUGACCUUGAGGACUGGAGCAAUGGAAAUGAGAUGAAGUUAAAUAGUGCAAAGUACAAGGUGGUGCAUUUAGGGGCCAAUAACAAGCAUUUCUGCCGUCAGCUGGGGACUCCUGGGGUGGAAAUGACUGGCAGAGAAAGAGCUGGAGGUAUUAGUUGAUCACAGAAUGAUCACUGUGAUGCAGCCACAAGAAAGGCAAAGAUGCACCAGGCAAGGUAUUUCCAGUGGCAGUAGGGACGGCUAAUGCCAUUGGGCGGCGCACUGGUGAGACUGCAUCUGGCACACUGUGGGAAAUUCUGGUGACCCACAUUCCAGAAAGAUGAAUUGCAAUUGGAACAGGUGCAGAGAAGGGCUAUUAGGUGAUCAGGGGAAUGAAAAGCCUAUUUUAUGCACGGAGACUUAGAGACCUAGGCUUGUUUAGCCUAGCAAAACAAAGAAAGAGGGGAUAGAGUUGUUUUCUAUAAAUACAUUUGGGAGGGUUUGCACAGGAACAAAUGGGGAUAAACUGGCUGUGAAUAAAUUUAGGCUGGAAGUUAGAAGAAGGUUUCUAACCAUUAGAGGACCGAGGUUCUGGACCAACCUCCCAGUAGGAAGAAUCAGGGUAAGAAAGGUAACUACUUUUAAGGAGCUUGAUGAAUUUAUUAUGGGGAUUAUAUGAUGGGGUUGCCUCUGAUAGCAGGGGCUGGAAUCACUGACCUGGGAGGUCCCUUCCAAUCCUGUGUUCUUAUGUUCAAAGUGGAUGAAGAUUUGGUACACAAGAAGAGACAUCUUGAUACUGAUAACAGUUUAUUUAACAACCCCUCAGCAUUUUCCUUAUGGUGAAUAUUACUCCAAUGUCUCCUAGGUGACAGUCAGUGAACCUUCCUCAAUUUCAGGGGUCCAAUUUUGCUCUUGCCCAGGGAAAAAGAGGCUUAUUUUUGUCUUUUCUGAUUCACCGUGCUUGGCAGCUACCAGGUAUCUCUGAACAACAUGUUCACAAAGUUUAGCCUUUUCGUAGUCAGAUACACCAAUUUGUUUUAAGAAUGUCUUUCAUCUCAGAGUGCAGCCUGCAAGUUGCUGAGGUUCUGCUAUUUUCAUCAUCACUAAAGACCCCUCUCAUUGGUCUAGUUGGUGGCCUGGAACCAGAUACAUUAUUUCAGCAUAUUCCAUUAUCAAUUAUUUAAAAGACCUGUUAGAAGAGGGAUAACAAAGCUUAACAAAGGGCCGAUAACCUUCCCAAACUGUUAUGCAAUCUCCGUCUUUCUUGUUAGGGCCAGUCUCUCAUUGUUUCGUUUCUAAUAAAGCCUCAUCUCUGUUGGCAGGCUUACCUGUUGGGGCUCCAGGGGGUCAUUUCCUUUUAAAGUAUUAAGCUCCAAUUCUGAGAUUGGCUACUAUCACAUCACCAGAGGCAGCACACAAAAUAGCCUCUCUCUGCUACAGGGUAGCUUUGGUGAGCAGUUUUAAAAGGAUCACAUUUCUCCACAUAUGUCUUACUGCCAGCAAGUUUGUACCCAGAUCUUUUGGGACCUGCGGACACAAACUCCAAAUUGUGUUCCUUUGGCAGUAUCUCAUUGGUCAGAUCCCCUAAACAAUCCCUCAGCAAUGGCGUCCAAUCCCCUUCUUUAUUCACAAAGAUCACAAGAAGCAGUGUCUGCAAACAGUCUAACCAUUGGUAGAGCUCUUGCCUAGCAGAAGCAGUGGGGGAGUUGGGGGGGGAAUCCCCAACCCGUCUAUCACUAGCUUUCAUGGCCUUCCAUUCAUGUUCCCAUGUCAUCCUCACCUCAGGGCCUUGCCUCCUCAGAAAUUCAGGCUGCGGGUGCAGUGAUUGCGCUGCCUGGAGCCCCAGAGCUGGGGGCGCUGUGGCCGUGCCCCCCAGGGGUUGUGGGCACGGAGGCUGUGGUGCAUCGGGAGGGGGGCCUUGCCCCCCACCCCUAGCUGUCCGGGGCUGGGGGCCGCGGUUGGGGGUGGUUUGGGCUCCUGCAGGGGAGGAGGAGAUAAAAGGGGAGGGGAGGGGCCUCGGGAACAAGGGGAGGAGCCAGGAGUUAGCCUCCUGCUGCCGUGGCUAGCAGCAGUUCAGAAACGCCGCUUUCUCUCCAGGCCUCAUGUGCUCUGCCCCAGGCCUAGGACCCACAGCUUUCGGAUUCUCUGAGGUGCUGAAAAAAAUGUGGGAAAUGCCACUUGCCUCCUUCUGACUCCAUGGCCUUGGGCAAUUUGCUGAGCUUCAUGGACAGAAAAUUUACAGAAUCUACAAGUAUGAUUUCUCAGGCCCCCCGUUGGACACAUGAGUUUUCCACCCUGCAUUAGAAUGUCAAUGCCCAUAUUUUUCCUUAAUCAACGAAGGAUAAAAACUGUCGUAACUCUCAGUGUUGUGGACAAUAAAGGUGAACCCCUUAAAAUACUUGUCAACAAAAUUGAGAACAAACUCAGUGACACAGUCAUCCCCUUUAAAGUCCCAACUGGAUGCAUUAUCUAACUGCCUGGCAUAGAUAUAAUUUGGCACAUAGCCCAGUUUCUUGCAUGCCUUCAAAGUCAUAUAAGAGAUAAUCCUCACCCUCUUCUCGAAAGCGAGGACUACAUACAAAACACUAGGGGCCAUUCGUGCUGUCAGUCUGCUCAUAACACCGGGAAUAUGUCUUGCUUUCACAGUAGUGAUUUUUAACAUUGUAUAAAUCACACCUACCACAAAGACACUUAGUGUCAGUCAACUUUACCAAUUGCUCCCAAAGUUCUGGGUUUUGCUACACAGACAUUAGACCUGCAAAAUAGCUUACAGCUGGACCACCCCAGUCUUGCCCCAUACACUUCAACACCGUCUGUAUUUACACAUGGACAGCAGUGCUUUUCACAGGCAUGGUGGUGUUAGCUGGGGAUAUUAUACUGACCCCCAAAAUCUUCACACUUUACAAAUGAUCUCCUGGAAACUGGUGUUACAGGAUUUAAAUUAAGAGGGUUUCUGAUAGCAAAAGUCAAUAGGUGCUAAUUAUCAAUAAAUAUAAAAGAUUAUGAAGAAAUUCAUUACUCGGCCACUUGGUCUUUUCCCCUCUGGUUCAUCACCCCCGAAGGGGUGAAACCAGUCCCACAGACACAAGUUUACUUUGGCACAUGCACUCCAAGAAUGUGCACCCCAGAGACCUGCUUGGGGUGAAAAUAAACAAAAGCGUUAUUUAAUAGACACGGCACAGACUCAAAGAUCAAAUAGUAAGGAAAAGCAAACCUGGACAAGCUCCACAAAAAUAAACACAAAGAUGCAACCUCAGGCUUUACCCUUUCAAAUUCAAUAAAAUGCCUCCGAUGAAGUGAGCUGUAGCCCACGAAAGCUCAUGCUCAAAUAAAUUGGUUAGUUUCUAAGGUGCCACAAGUACUCCUUUUCUUAUUGCGAAUACAGACUAACAUGGCUGCUACUCUGAAACUUUUCUAAUACAGGAUACCUAUUGCCUUUGACCCGGUUCCUACCAAACCCCCUGCCAUUGAGGGGAGCCAGUGUUUCAGAGAGCACCCGCCAAGUGCGCAUCCCUCAGUUUCUAGAUGCAUUUCAUUUCAUUCCCAUCCCUUGCAUUUUAAAAGGACUGUUCUUCUUCAGUCACUAUAGCUACUCGAUGUGAGGAAAUUCCUAGUUUUCUCAGUGUCUGUCUAUUAAAUUGAAUGUUGCCUUUUCCUUGGUUGUACAAUGGAUUGUUACUUGCACUGGGUUUUGUGUAAACACCUGUCUCGGGAGGUCUCUCUUCUUUCUGAUUGCUUACUGUCCUGCUGCGGAGUGGUGCCUAAGUGUUAUGAACACAAUUCUCUAUAUACACAAAUACUUAAAUUGAUAACCAUAACCUGUAUGCAUAGCUCAUAAUGAUCACUCCACUCAAAACAUUACACAUUUUCAUAAAAGACUUUACUUGGCAUGUUUUUAAUAGUACAAUAACACAGCAUACAAUCAUAAGAACAUAAGAAUGGCCAUACCGGAUGAGACCAAAGGUCCAUCCAGCCCAGUAUCUGUCUACCAACAGAGGGAGUGAAUCUAACAGGUAAUGAUCUAGUGAUCUCUUUCCUGCCAUCCAUCUCCACUGUCUGACAAACAGAGGCUAGGGACACCAUUCCUUACCCAUCCUGGCUAAUAGCCAUUAAUGGACUUAACCUUCAUGAAUUUAUCCAGUUCUCUUUUAAACCCUGUUCUAGUCGUAGCCUUCACAACCUCCUCAGGCAAGGAGUUCCACAGGUUGACUGUGCACUGAGUGAAGACGAACUUCCUUUUAUUUAUUAUCUUAUCUUACUCAACUGCUUAUUCUUGGGGUUCAACGCUCCCACCCCGUUGUCCCCUCGGGGUGUCUGGAUCCUGACUGUCACAGUUAGGUAUGCCUUUCAUUAGGGCAUCUGUCUGCCAUUUUUAAAGGCACAUGCUAAAGAUGUUGUGUAGAAAGAGGCAAUUUGAUUCCUGGUACAGAAUUAAAACCAAAUAAGGUUAACUGCUAAAUUUACGUAGGUUUUAUAAAAAGUUGGUGGAGAAAUCUACAUGCAUUCCUUUUGGCUGGUAUUUUUAACUCUGAUUUAUGUUUUAAUGUGUGACAAUGAAUAAAAUGCUAUGUUCAGCAUGAUUCAGGAAACUAUGGGUCAGUUAGAUAUUGAUGGAUAAAUCCAUAAAGUACUGUGCUCAGCAGGACUCAGAAAAAUGUGACCCGUUGUAAUAUUGUGUGAUGUGUCAUCCCACUAGAGGUUCCGUGAUUAAAGAAUACCUUCUGACUGGCUCAGCCAAUGAGGUUAUCACAAGCUCCUAGAAUAGAGGUGGGGGGAAAGGAGGAGUCCUUGUGGCAAAUUUAUUUGGGCAUAAGCUGUCAUGGGCUAGAACCCAAUUCAUCCAAUAUAUGAAGUAAAAGAUACAGGAGCAGGUAUAAAUACAUGGAAGGAUGUGGGCUGCUUUACCAAGUAUCAGGAAGAAAGGCCCUGAUUGUGUUGGCACACGAGGAGAAGAACUCCUUCAAUCAUGCCAUGAAAGAUGCUGCUGUGGGCGUGCUGCAGAAGAGAGGCUGGAGUGUCACCAUUUCUGACCUAUACAAGAUGAAGUUUAACCCUGUGCCAUCACUGUACUGACCUCUGUCUCCUAUCUCAGGUAAGUCAAAAGACCCCAAGAACUUCAAGUAUGGUCCUGAGACAGCCUUGGCAUGGGCAGAAGGUUGGCUGAGCAGCGACAUUGUAGCAGAACAGAAGAAGCUUGAAGCUGCAGACCUUCUGAUAUUCCAGAGUGGCCUGCUCCAUUUCUGUGGCUUGCAAGUCUAGGAGCCCCAAAUCGCCUACAGCAUUAGUCACGCUCCUAAGGAUGCCCGUUUGCAGAUCCUGGAGGACUGGAAGAAGCAACUGGAAGCUAUCUGGGAAGAGAAACCUAUCAGUUUUGUUCCAGACAUCAACUUUGAUCUGAGCUACGUAGGGGGCUUUGUGCUGAAACAGGAGGUGCAGGACCGCCAGAAAGCUCAGAAAUAUGGGCUGAGUGUGGGGCAGCACCUGGGGAAAGCCAUCCCACCUGACAGCCAGGUCAAAGCCCAGAAGAAAUAGCUUCCUCUGCAACACAAGGCCCAGUGGGCUCCUCUCUGGUCUCUAUCACUGAGUGGCUCUGCCAUGGUGGCAGGUCUCUUGGCUUUACCCUACUUUCAAAUGCCUUUCUGCUCUUUCGUAGGGUGAGGAGAGCAUUUCUUCUCUUCCCACCUCUUCCUCAUGGGGGCGUUGGUGCCUCUUGCAGGCUACUCCUAUCUCCCCUUGACUCAGGGAGGCGUCAGUGCCAUACCUCCUCCAGUCAGGUAGUGGUAAUUAACCUACUGGGUUCCAAUAGCAUCUGAGAGUGGGAUGAGUUGGGAAUCUUGCCUCCCUAUUAUUACAUGGUGCUUGCUGUUCACUACCCUGGUGGUCUUGGUAUCGUACAAUGUAAGCUCUCUGUUCAUGUAUAACACAAUGAUUCUAAAUA